AUGAGUAAGAGAUAUUUACAGAAAGCAACAAAAGGAAAACUGCUAAUAAUAAUAUUUAUUAUAACCUUGUGGGGGAAAGUUGUAUCCAGUGCAAACCAUCAUAAAGCUCACCAUGUUAAAACGGGCACUUGCGAGGUGGUGGCACUCCACAGAUGUUGUAAUAAGAACAAGAUAGAAGAACGGUCACAAACAGUCAAGUGCUCCUGCUUCCCUGGGCAGGUGGCAGGUACCACACGAGCUGCUCCAUCUUGUGUGGACGCUUCAAUAGUGGAACAGAAAUGGUGGUGCCAUAUGCAACCAUGUCUUGAGGGAGAGGAAUGUAAAGUUCUUCCAGAUCGGAAAGGAUGGAGCUGUUCCUCUGGGAAUAAAGUGAAAACAACUAGGGUAACCCAUUAACAAAGGAUAAAUCAAGUGAUCCUCAAAGCUGAUUACAUUGAACAUCAGCAUAGAAACAUAACUCAUGAGGUGAUCU